GUGUAUCGAUUUUUUUUCUUGUGUGAAUAAUACAUCAUUGCUUAAAACUGAUAUAAGACUAACAAUCAACGCUACCUGUCUGUCGAUUUUCUUGUAUUUGGAAUGAUAGGAAUACGAAUUUGGAUUUUGCUGAGUUUUUUUCACUGUUCUCUGCUGUACCAUAAAAUACACUGAUAUAUAAUGAUUUUGAUGUUUUAAAAUAUAUUAAAAGUCUUUUUAAUAUAUCAAAGUAGUGUAUUUUGACAACUGGGAUACCACAAAACAGCCUUAGCAGAGAAAAUGAAUUCUAGGAAUACAUACUUAAAUAUGUAGCUUUGAAAUUUCUGUGUUUUGAAUCGAUUAUUUAUUAUGUAUGACAUGUGGCAUUAGUUCUUCUCUGGAUGCUUCUUGCACAGGCCGGCUAAUUUCUAAAUAAUUAGUGACUAGAAAAAUAUGUUUUAUCCUUUUCUUGACCCUGUCUCACAUUCUCCCUUAUUGAUUGCUGGCCUUUCACAUGAUUUUACUUCAGUGUUCUGAAAGAUUUCUGGUGUUGGCGCAUACAUAUUUCACCUCUAGCACAUCCUGCUUCUUCCUAAUUCCUUAGGUGAUAAGAAAAUGCAAUUGUAUCAUCAUCCAUUUGAUUUGGACAGCCAGAAGGUGAGACUUGCGUUGGAAGAGAAAAGCAUUGAUUACACAUCACACCAUGUCAAUCCUGUAACUGGCAAGAACUUGGAUUCUUCAUUCUUCAAGAUGAAUCCUGGUGGAAGACUCCCAGUUUUCCAAAAUGGCUCUCACAUUCUUUACAAGACUAUUGAUAUAAUCCAGUACAUAGAAAGAAUUGCCGUGUUCUCCUCUGGGUCUGAAAAUAUCAGUAGCAGUAACAAGGAAGUGAUUGAAUGGAUGCAGAAGGUACAAGAGUGGAAUCCAAAGUAUUUUUCCCUUUCCCAUGUACCAGAGAAAUACAGAAUAUAUGUUUCUAAGUUCUUAAGAAGAGUGGUGAUUGCUCGAAUGUCUGAGUCACCAGAACUAGCAGGUGCUUACCAUAAGAAGUUAAAAGAAGCAUAUCAGACUGAAGAGAGAGUGAAAGAUUCAGAUGUGUUUAUAAGGAGCAAGGAGCAUUUGAUUAGGCUGCUUGAUGAAGCAGAGAAGCAGCUGAGUGAAACACCUUAUUUAGCAGGUCAAGAGUUUACUAUGGCUGAUGUGAUGCUCGUUCCGGUAUUGUCUCGUUUAGUGCUCUUGGAUUUAGAGAAAGAGUACAUAACUGGGAGGCCAAACAUUGCUGAGUAUUGGGUUUUGGUUCAGCAGAGGCCUAGUUAUAGGAAAGUGAUUGGUAGGUAUUUUGAUGGUUGGAAAAAGCACAAGACAUUGUUAAAAACUUGGUGCUUUGUUCGCGUUAGAAGUUUGCUGAAGAGAUAUUGAUGAAGUGUAUGUUAGUUGCCCAAAGAAAACUGCAUAAGUGAAUAUAAGAAAGAGCUUUUGUGUGUUGUAGAUGAGUUGUUGUUAUCAUAAACAUUGUUUGUAUUUUCCCUUUUUGGUGACAAGAAUAAUUUUUUUUAAGAGAAAAGGGGGAUUCAUUUUUCUUUCUCCCUUAGCAAAUGGUGAUGCUGAGUACUGAGCUUGGAUUUGAGUACUGAGCUUGGAUUUGUGUUAGUUCAAUCAAUUAGCAAUUUAUGUGCAAUGUUGUACCCUGAUAUGGGAAGAAUUCCUUCAUAUGAGAAUCGUUACUUGUUUUGUGUACACUUAUUUAGUAUUUGUAAAUGCAAAAGCAACGUACUCUCAUUCCUCUAGU